AAUCAGAGCAUGAUUAUUCUAAUUUGUCCCUUUUCGCCGUUCCUUCCCCAAUUAAAAAUUAAACGUUUUUAUAUUUAUUCCUCCUUCUCCUCUGACCUUUCUCGAUAAUUCUUCCACCUUAAGAUUCUCCCUGCUUUAACUCCUCCUCCACCAUUUUCUUAUCGCCUCCACUUUCCACCAUUUCUCAACUCUCGAACCUCUCUCAGAUCAGCUUCUCGCAGAUCGAUCUAGGCGAUCUAAUAUUCGGGAUUUCUGAUACGAAAUUUGAAUAGAUCUUUUAAGAUGGCGGAAGAGCACAGAUGCCAAGCACCAGAAGGUCACCGUCUCUGCGCUAACAGCUGCGGAUUCUUCGGCAGCCCGGCCACCAUGAAUCUCUGCUCCAAAUGUUACCGAGACUUUUGCCUCAAGGAGCAACAGGAGGCUUCUAUCAAAUCCACCGUCGAAGCCUCUCUCUCCGCCUCUGUCUCUCCAUCGGUGUCGUCGUCCUCUUCUCCGGUGAUUGACUUCCGCUCUCUCCCUCCGCCUCCGCUGUUGACUCUGCCGGAGGUCGCCGAGUCUGAAGAUGUCCCGACUGUUCCAGAGGUUGCCGUCGCGGCGGUUUCUCAGCCGAAUCGGUGCAACGUCUGCCGGAAACGGGUCGGGUUGACCGGGUUCAAGUGCAAGUGCGGGACCACGUUCUGCGGGAUCCACCGGUACCCGGAGAAGCACGCGUGCUCGUUCGAUUUCAAGACGGUGGGCAAGGUGGAGAUCGCCAGGAGCAACCCUCUGAUCAAAGCAGAGAAGCUUGAGAAGAUUUGAUGUGGGCCGUCGGAUCCGAUUAGGUUCGAAGAAAAAUUGCAGAAAAUUUCAAUCAGUCAAUGAUUUGAUUGCAUUAGCAGAUUUGUGAAGGGAGGCCCUAUCGAUGAACCGUCGUCGCCGGCCGUUCGUCGUCAAGCAGCACUUAUGGAAAAAUUAAGUCUGAUAUAAAUAUUCUCUCUUUUCUGGGUUAAUUUUUAUAUUUAUUUUCGGGAAAAAUAAGUUAUUGUGGGCUUUGCUUGUAUGUUGCAGGAAAAAAAAAAACAAAAAAACAAAAAAAGUUUCUGUUUGGGUAAUUGAAAUUUCGGGUCCAAUUCCUUUGUAGAUAGAUUCAUCUCUGCUUUAUCUUAUCCUUCCCUGGUAUGAUGAUUAUGAUUCUUCUUUGAGCUAUAUUACCCAUAGUGAAGCCUCGCUAUGCUCGAGUUGAUUGUCAAUUUCUUUCUCUCUACUAUGCUUUGGGUUUGCAAGGUCUAUUUGGCCCUAGCAUCCGAGAGGGGUUGUAGAAGCUCCAAUCCUCUUUUCAUAACAAUCGUUAUAUCUAAAACUUGGAACUUUCUCUUGCAAUUGCUUGGCCACUUCUAUCUCAUUCACAUUUCCCUUUCCUGAAUCCGAACCCCGUCCUUCCCCAACCCAAACCAUAGGUUUUCCUGGCAUUUAAUUAUGUAACAAUGGAUUGUAAAGUGAUCACCUGCA